UAUACGUAAGUGGGGACACAUGAAAACAUAUAAAUUGGUAUUGAUAUGACUUCAAAAUAGGCUUCAAUCACUGAUCAUACAAUGGCGUUGAGAGUUUUGUAUUUCUUGAGCUUUCUAGCCUUCUCUUAUGGUUUCCCUACAAGACAAAAAUAAUUUUCAUCACUUCUGUGGCGGAUCAAUUCUGAAUGAAAAUUAUGUCAUCACGGCAGCUCACUGCGUCGAAAAAAGGCUUGCCCUAGAUCUAAUAGUCGUUGCUGGCACCAUCGACCUAAAUGAACCGAAAUCAUUACAUAACGUCGAAAGAAAAAUUACACAUAAACUCUACAACUCUAUUGGAUUAAUGAUAUAGCUUUAUUGAAGAUAAGCACGGUAUAAAUUUUCGAUUCACCGAAGAAAUUAAGAUCUUUAUAACUGUCUUUUUGAAUCAAAAACUAUAAAUCUCAAGCAAAAAUUUUUAGGUAACACCUCCC